AUGGCGCUUUCAUCGGUUGCGCAGGAAUUCUUGGCCAUCAUCGAUCGUUUCGGGACGAUCGACAUGGUCGUAGCCACCAUCAAGUAUGUAUACCGUUAUCCAAAGCCACUACCCCUGCCUGCUUCGUGCAACACGGCUGAGGCGAGAGCUGGUUUGGAACGUCUGGACACGCCUGGCGCGAACUCGCCCAUUGCUGGUGGGCCAACCUCGCUGAACGCACCGUUGAGCCAACUCACCGGCCACGACUGGGUCGGCAAAUCCUUCGGAUUCCAGGAGAACUUCAAGGAAGAUAUCAAGAGCGUCUAUCGCCAGAUGAUGAGGUGUUAUGCUCACUUGUACCACGGCCACUGGCUUGAUCCCUUCUGGAACCUGAACGCUUACAAGGAGCUUAACACAUGCUUCAUCCACCUCAUCAACGUCGGCAAGCAGUUCGACCACCAGCCUCGGAAGACCCAUCGAGGGGCCGGUGGGUGA